AUGACGGGUGCGGAGCGGGUGCGCGAUGGCAGCUGCCACUUCCAGCGCUCGCGGCUCAUCUGGAUGAUCGGCAUCAUCUUCGGCAUGAUCCUGCUGGGCUGGGUAACGCUGUCACCUUCAACCAUCCCUUACAGCUAUUUGGGACUGUUCGGUAACUUCCUUCGUUAUUUAGUGGACAACUACCACAAGUGGGUGUGCUAUGGGUUCUACGUAUCCUGGUUGAUUCACAUAGUGGAAGCCUUGUAUGGUAUAAAAUUAUGCCAGUAAGUUGAUCUCCUCCCUACUUAUAUUAAAUUCUCUGGAAGGGAUUUCCGGUACAAAUGACUUAAGUUAUGAACUGAUUUUGGUGGUUGUCAGGAAUAAUAUUAGUUCUGAGGGUGCUGGUCAAACUCAUGCUGGAGUGAUCAUUUGCUGUCCUCCAUAGGAGGUUCCUGCUAUAGUAGAUAGCAAAAAAUUAGGGGAUGGCAGCUUGGCAAACUGACAGCAAGGUCUGCCAAAGCUCUGGCUACAACCAAACACACUGUUCUGUGCAAUUGUUUUUUUUUGUUUGUUUGUUUGUUUUUGACAAUUACUCUUUGUGUAAUAGGCAGGUUCUUAUUCAUUGUUGGUUCAGGUGCUGGAUAACAGCAGCUCAGAUAGCAGGGGGAAAAGUAGGUAGGUGUUUUAUCAGGUCUUACCUCAUCAGAAUUCUGCCUCCUAGUUACCUGUUGAAAUAGAUUGCAUCUGUAUUGUGAAAAUACACUUGGAUAUCUCCAUUCGGGAUUACUUAAGAUCUAGUUCUAUGUGCAGGUCUGUGAAAGAAAGUGCUCACUAAUCAGAUUCUAAUGCCAACCUAGUCUUAAGUUAGGAUAACAAAUCAUUUGGGCGUUUUUCUAUUCCUUUUAAUGUUGUUUCUAAUUCAGAAGAAUACAGAUAUUAGUUUUCGUGCUCAUAUUUUGCGUUGAGUCUUCCCACAGAGGAGAUGCCAGAUUAAUUUCCCGUUGUGAAAAUUAAUUUUUCAACUUACUUCAAUUAAGGCCCUAUUUGUCUCUAGCUUCUCAGAUAACAUCUCUUGGAAGCAGAGCAAUUAUGUUCCAUUGAUAGCUAUUUCAAGUGGCUCUCAAGCAUAUUUUCUGCCUUCAGAAUGAUAUCUAAUGAUUAACUAUUUACUGAACUCCAGCUUUAAGCUGUAACUUUCAGUUAAGGCUUUAACUCUGGUUCUGCAGAAAGCUUUUACAUAUAUUGGCUUAAGGUUAUAUUAAGAGUGAGGCAGUUUCAUUACUGUUGAGCAUACCAAGUGGAUGUAUUGCAAACAAAUAAUUAAGUUUCUGCAGAUGAAUGUUAAAGACCAUAAGAAAGCAUGGAUUGUCUGUCCAUCUUCUGUUGAGGCAUGCUUCUGUACGUAACUGAAUGGUUGUACUUACCUAUUAGCACUAAACACUGUUUACUGAUGAAAGAGUAAUAUCUACACAUGAACAUCACAAAGGAGACAUGAGGAAGAACUGGAGAGAAAGAAGGUAUAAAUUCAUGAAUUAUUAGUGGUACUUUGAGUUUUGCUCUCUGUUUCUUCAUACAGUCUCUUCAAGUAAGUUUGCUUUAUAUAUAAAAAGGUAAAGUUCUUGAAACCUGGUUUUUUUAGUUUCUGGACUCAUUUGGAAACACUGCAUUUAGGAUUAUAAAAGUUUUCCCACAGCUGGUAAGAAAAAGUUUAAGAACAAAAAUCAACAAGUGUUGUGUUAAUCAGUACUAACUAGACAUUCAUUUUCUCUGUAGACACAGCAGAUGAAUCCUUGCAGCAAAAGUCAGUAGAGGGAGCUCCCUUCUAAAAUUAAUAAGUUAAAGUAUGCUUAUGGUUAACAUAAUUCUCUAGAAACAUGAAGGCAGUUGUUUCAGCUUUCAUGUUUUUGCUUCUCUGAAAGUAUUUCCCAACAACACCAGAAUGCAAGAAGCGGUGUGACACUGCUAAGAAAGACAAUUAUCUUUACUAAGGUGAAUGUGAUUCAGUUUUUAAGAGGUAAAAAGCAUGACAGUAUUGGUACUGUGGGCUGAAGUUACUAUUGCUUCACAUCGCUAAUGUACUUACUGGAGCCUAAGUCAGCUUGCAGACAGGUUCUUAAUAGCAUUACUAGACCUCUUUCUGUAACAAACAAAAGAUUUGCAUAUGCUAAUUUAAAACUAAUUGACAUAAAUCAAGUCAAGCAUCUUGAGCCCCCUCUGCUUUCUUUUUCUAGCCACAAAUUCAGGCAGCAGCGCUCUGCCAUCCUGUAUUGCACAGUCACACCUGAGCAAUUGUCAGGCUGCUUUGCCUUGCUAGUGUACAGACUACCUU